AUGUUGUCAAUACUUCGGAAAGCCCGCUUAAAGGAUAAGGAGAUGCGUAUUCUCAUGCUGGGUCUGGAUAACGCGGGCAAAACGACCAUCGUCAAGCGGAUUAUGAACGAGGAUGUUACCACAGUGAGCCCAACCUUAGGGUUCAUUAUCAAGACAAUUGAUUUCAUGGGCUAUAAGCUCAACAUCUGGGACGUGGGUGGCCAGAGAACACUGCGAUCCUAUUGGAAAAAUUAUUUCGAAAAAACCGAUACGCUUGUGUGGGUGGUUGAUGCAACAGAUCGUCUACGCGUGGACGAUUGCCGUGCGGAGCUGGCCGGUCUCCUCCUGGAAGAGCGGCUCAUGGGAGCUAGUCUUCUAGUUUUCUUGAAUAAGACGGAUGUGGAACAAUGCAUGUCGGAGCAGGAAGUGCGCGAGGUCACGUCUGGGUUUGGAUUUAAUCAAAACCCACAAGUGGACGAUUUUACCAUGCAGUGCUAUGACAGGAAAGAACCUUAA